AUGAAGAUUCUUUCCCUCUUCACCGUAUCAGCAGCCCUUGCCGUGUUUCCAGCCGGCAUAUUGGCGGUUGAUUUCGAGACGACCGAUUCCGACUGCCAUAUAUGGGUUAAAGAUUCGGACGGCGUGAUGAACGGGUAUGGCAAAGCUGUGACAGGUCAACAAGCUAUCGUCCGAAUCGACACGGGCACUGAAACCGAACAACAAUGGACAUUUACAACUCAUGUGGAUAAAGCUCAACCAAAGAAUUGCGCCGCUGAGUUAUCCAGUGGACAAAAGGCUUUUCCUCGGCGCUGGCAGAUUAUGAUCUUCAAGUCAGACCCAUGGGUGACUAUUUCAAUUGCGGGCAAGCCUUAUCGGUCCGAGGGCUACCGCAGAGAUCCGAAGACAAGACCUAAGAUGGAUCAUAUAAUUGAAAUUCCUUACGGAAAAAGGUUCGGUACGACUUGGUUUGUGCCUCUUCAUAGCGAUUCUCCGAAGGCUGCAAGGCCAGGCCAUCGGCCAAAUGCCAAUGGGGGUGCACAAAAGAACGAGCGUCGAGCAUAA